UGGAGGCUAGCGUCACAGAGACAGGAGGGGACUGGGGUUCUCAUAAAGCUCAGAAGGCAUCUGCCCACAGAGUCCAUAGAAGUGAGGGCGAGGGGUACACUGUAAACUUCACCUUUGCUCUGGAAUCCAUGAGCUUACCCUGUGAUACCUUGCCCUGUGAAAAGCCUUUCAGUGUCAUCAUGAAGUUCAGUCUCCUCUGGGCUUUCCUGAGCCUGCCUGCUUCACUUGCCUUUAACCCAGACUUCGUAGGUGAUGUCACGCCUCCCUACCUGGUCUACUUGAAAUCUGAUUACCUGCCCUGCACAGGAGUCCUGAUUCACCCGCUUUGGGUGCUCACUGCUGCACACUGCAAUUUACUGAAGCUCCAGAUGAUGCUGGGAGUUACAAACCCAUCAAACACCAGUGAAGAGAAUGUGCAAGUGGUUGGCUAUGAAAAGAUGAUUCAUCAUUCGCAAUAUUUAAUCUCUUCUAUGGAAUAUGAUCUCAUGCUAAUCAAGCUGAAUAAAGUGAUUGAACUCAAUGACUAUGUGAAAGUGGUCAACCUGCCAAGGCAAGCUGCCCCAGUAAAUAAGAUGUGAGCUGUCUCUACCUGGGCCUACAACACAUGUGAUAUGACCAAGGACCCUGACAUGAUGCAGACUGUUCAAGUCUCUGUAAUCUCCCAGACUGAGUGUCAGAAUGGCUAUCCAGGCUACAAUAUCAAAAAUAAUAUGAUUUGUGUGGGCAUCGUACCAGGAAGGAGGCUACCUUGCAAGGAAGUCUCCUCUGCCCCCGCAGUCUGCAAUGGGGUACUUUACGGAAUCCUGUCUUAUGCAGAUGGGUGCAUUCUGAGAGCUGACGUUGGCAUCUAUGCUAGUAUCUUCCACUACUUGCCCUGGAUUGAAAAUACAAUCCAGAACAACUGAGUUCAUGUGGCUGGAGUUCUGGGCCAUGUCACAGCCUGUACCCAUGUCCAGCCUCCGAAUUAAACUAAGGCACCCCUCGGAUUACGCCUUGUGCAUCUGCUCAUUCUGGUGGACAGAGUCUGUGAGCGAUGGAUGUCUCAGACAAGACAGCCCUUCCUCCGCUGUAAAUGAAGGCAGAAAAAUCAAAACUCCUAAACAAUUGAAGCUUAUGAAGUUCGAACGGCUGGCUGGGUAGGUGUGGGCACCACAAACCGC